CCGCUAGCGCCAUCUAUUGAUAUCAAAACGGAUGCUAUCUGACAGCUCUGCUGGACCGACAUAUUUGUGCGCGCAUGCGUAGUCUGCCCGAGGCCACGGCCACGGAGUAACGCGACGCUCUCAAUACGUGUCAAACAUCAAUUCAAUAAUGUUUUAAGUGCUGUGAUUACUGUAAAUAAUAAACUACUGUGUUUUGACAAAGUGCACGCUUGAACAACAUUCAAAAUGAAUAUAAAGGCGGCGUUGGCCAUUUCGAUGGUCUUCAUUGGAUGCUGUUCCAAUGUAGUGUUCCUGGAGUUAGUGGUGAAAGAGGACCCUGGCGCGGGAAACCUGGCCACCUUCCUCCAGUUUCUCUUCAUAGCCGUAAUGGGCUUCUGCACCGUCGGCAAAUUCGGGACGGCACCCAGGAACAUACCCUUCAAGCAGUACCUGAUCCUCGUAGGCUUCUUCUGGACUAGCAGUGUGGCCAACAAUUACGCGUUCGACUUCAACAUAUCCAUGCCUUUACACAUGAUCUUCCGAGCCGGUUCCCUCAUGGCUAACAUGGCUAUGGGCGUUUGGAUCCUCAAGAAACGGUACCCUCCGCUGAAAUACCUGGCAAUCUUCAUGAUCUCAGCAGGAAUCGCGAUAUGCACCGUUCAAUCCAGCGGCGACGUGAAGGCACCCCGCGAAACACACGACGACGCAGCUGAGGAAGAACGACUAAAGUUCAUUGAUUGGCUCUGGUGGUGCCUCGGCAUUGCCAUACUAACCUUCGCGCUAUUCGUCUCAGCCAGAAUGGGCAUUUUCCAAGAGUCCUUAUAUUCCAAACACGGCAAACAUCCCUGGGAGGCGCUCUACUACACGCAUUUACUGCCAUUAGUAUUCUGGUUACCCACCGCCCCUAAUUUGAUUGGACAUGUAAAACUUGCGACAGAAACACCAGACGUGGAAUUCCUAGGUCUAAUUUUGCCUAGGCAAGUUUUGUAUCUAAUCCUGUACGUAUCCACUCAGGGUUUGUGUAUUAGUGCUGUGUAUGUGCUGACAACGGAAUGCGCGUCAUUGACGGUCACUUUGACAGUGACACUUAGGAAAUUCGUGUCCCUUUUGUUCUCGAUCGUGUACUUUAGAAAUCCGUUUACAAUGGGUCACUGGAUAGGAACACUGUUAGUGUUUAUUGGCACAAUGAUCUUCACUGAAUUGCUGCAGAAGUUUGUGGCGUUGUUCUUGCCAGCGAAAGUGGAGAAGAAGAAGAAAAUGUAAAUAGUAAAAAGGACUAGUUUAAUUCAAUAUUUCAUGGUGAUUCGAAUGCAUUGCCGAUACUAAAUGCGCGGGCAAAAGUUGUGAUACGAGUAAGUGAAAAUGUGAUUACUUUACCUCGGAUUUUCAAAUGAAUGAAAUAUGAAUUUUAAGAAAAGAUGAAAAUAAUAUAAAGAUAAUAAUUAUGUCAGAUUUUAUGAUUAUAAUAACUUAUGAAUAAAAUUAAAUGAAUAGUUGUUUCCAUAUAAAAGUAAAGAUCAAUAGAAUUUUAAUGUAGAAUUAUGAAAGAACAUGUUCAGUUCAGGAAGUAAAUGGAUAUUUAGUUUUAACAGAAAUGGUAAACUACAGAGUGUGCCAUUUAGUUAAAGUUAUGAAUUCCUAAAAUUAGAUCGACAAACCAAUUAAAGUAAGACUCAUGAUUCAUGGUCAAAUGGUGAGUGGGAGUGAACAUAUCUCUGACUAGAACAUUUUAAAUGAACAAUGCGUUAGAAAAUCUAAAGUAGUAUUUAAAAUAGUAAUUAACCUUAGUAACUUUCUUCUAUAGUGUUACUGAGGUCACAACCCUGGUGUCAGAUAUCAUGAGGCGCCACGUCUGACGCGGCUAGAUGGACUGACGGCUUAAUGUGCCCUCCAAAGCACGAAUCAUAGUUUCUUUUAAUUAUUGCACACGCGAAGACAUGCCUACGAUCGAAUUGCUAUGCCGUUGGUUCAAAAAGAAGAUUUAAUAAUAAUUAAAAAUGUAUUUCAAUAGUUAUAAAGUAUAAUAAAGGCCAAUAAGAUCGAGGAAAAUAUUAAAUUAUUAAUAUUGCAAUGUUUCCAUAAAUAAAAAUUUUUAUCUUGGAAAUACUUUUAUUAUUAAGAUAAUUGUUUUGUAAUUUCUGUUAGGCAUUUAGGUUGUCAAGUAGUUGUCAUUCUAAUAUUAAUAAAUUAAUAUUAUUCACCCAUAAUCACGAAACUAUUACAUAGUUAGAAUGACCAAGGUACAUAAUAUCAAAAUAUCUACAUAAAAAGUACAAAAUGAGGUGCAUGGUAUGUAUUUACUUUUCAAUCCAGAUAUUGACUGCCAGUUGCUAUUAUUAAAAAGUAUUUAUUUAUAUUAUAAGCUUAUGACGUGUAAAUCUGCUCAUCAAUGUAAUGUAAGUAUUAAAAUAUUAUGUAGAAUUAGUGAAAUUAAACACCUAAACGUGACGUAAGCACGAGUAAUAUUAUUAUGUAUUUUUUUCGUUUUGAAUAAAUUUUGUUAUAAUGAAUGUAUGAUUGUAUUUUUGUUGAAUAUAAUGACUGAAACAUACAUGCUUUGUAUACGAAAUGUAAAACAUAUAAAUAUCUAAGUAGGUACAUACACACUUUUUUUGUUUUCUGUACAGUCAAAAGAAUAUUCUGAGUAUUAAAAAAACCUUUAAAAGGGGAUUGAUUUUUUUUACAUAUAAAUAAGACAAUGCAAUACUAUUAUUUUGCAAGACUGUAGGUACGUGCUCGUAAUAAU